UGUUACUCCUUUUCUAUCAAUCACCAAAACCCAUUCAUUGUCUUAAACCCUAGCUAAACCCCAAGAACCGCUCACUACUACCACACCAAAGAAAAUGAGACCCUUCGGAUUGGUCUUUACGGUCAUGUUCUUGGUCUCAGCCUUUUCGGAAUCAAGAACCGCCGAUUGCAGAGUUCUCCUUGGUGGUUCCACGGAGGAAAUUGCUCAAUCUAGAAAUCAUGGGGUCGAUUUGCGAAGCGAAGACUUCUUAGGAGUCGUGAUACAUGGUUAUAGAAAGCUAAGGUGGCUCUCUUCGGCCGGAGAGAGGAUGCAUACAAUGGCUUCAGGACCGAGCAGGAGAGGUGCUGGUCACUAAAAUACUAAACACAAAGCGAUACAUUAUUCAGAUAAUUCAAUAUUUAUUUAGCUCAGGUUAUACAAAUAUAUUUUCAUUUAUUAUUAGGUUUAUUAUAUUUAUUCAGUCGUUACAACAUCAAUGUAAAGUUUUAGAAGGAAGAUAUUCUUUGAUCAUACAAUACUCUGGUUUCCUUCUCAUAAACACCCUUGUUGUA